CGCCCGAUCGUCAUUCCGCGGUACCGUCUACUUGAGUGUUCAUUACGAUUAUUAACGUUUUUCUACUCGGCGAUUUCAUUUUUUUUUCCGUACACAUUUUGUUUUUAACGUAUUUUCGAAUAUUGUUGUUUUUUUUUCCGGACGCCGCUUGCGCUCGUCGCGAACGUAUAUAGUGUUAAUUUUUAACUUUUUCUAAAUAUUAUAUUAACUUGUGCGUCGAACACGAUGGUCGCGACGGCAACUUUGCUAUUGCUGUUCGCCAUUGCCUUCCAAACGACAACAGCCGUUGGACCUCUCGACCCACCAGAGACAUUUCCAAAUGGACAUGAUGCAAAAAACCGGCCUACAAUCUCAAUCCCAGACCCACAAGAGGACUUGAAAACCAUUCAAGAGUCGUGUCCCCCGUUGGGACACCCAGAUGAAAGAUUCAAGGUAACAGUACUAGGAACUUUGUCUCCGGCAGUCGGCGGGUGUGCGUCGAUGAUGAAGUACCGUCACGAUAUAGUUCCCGGUUUUAAUUUAUGGCUAGGUGAUGCCAAAACCGGAGGCGGCAGUUGCGACGAUGAAGGAUUAGAUCAUUACACAUUUGAAUGUUUUUCAAAGCAUCCACUCAUAGAAAACGAUACCAUAAAAGCAUGGUAUGUGACCUUAUAUGAUAAAACUGCUCGUUGGUCGGGCCGAAAAGACUACAAAUGUGGUCUGUACUCAAUGCUCAAUGAAGACCCACCAUUGAUCCAAAUGAUAAUUAGUGCGAACCGUUCGUGUGCUGGUCUAUCACAGAGAAUGGCGAAUGCUGAGCAUAGAGUACCAGAAGGAUUCCGACAUUUUGAAGAUGGAUCCGUAGGUCUUUUAUUAUCUAAAGACUGGGCACAUCCAACUUCAGGAUCAGAUGUCUGGAGGAAAAAGCGGUCGGCAGUAAAAGACAGUGUACACAGGUUUCCAGAUUGGUCACAAGGGUCGUGGUUAGAUUUACAAAUAGAUGGAGGUCAGUUAAGCUAUGAUACUGCCUACCAAGAGAAAGACGAAGUUGACUACGAUCAAGAAACUGAUGAUGAAAAAGAUGAGGACGCAGAAAUUUCAGGUAGUGAACCAUACAUGCAAAAUUCACAGCGAAAUGUUCCUGUUGGAGCGAGUAGCAGAAACCGACGAUCAAUUCCAAACAUAAAUGGCGUAAAAAUGUUCAGAACUAGAAGUUCUACAAUUCAAAACACUAAAGAAAACAAAGAUUGGUUAAAACACCAAUUAUUUAACGAAAACAUGCGAAUCUCUGAUCCAUUUAAUUUUCGCCGAGAACGCCGUCAAAUAGUACCUGAAAAACAAAAACAUUUUUUCAAUAUUUUUACACAAAUAUUGCCACAAGAAUUAGUAGAAAAUUUUUCUGAUUUGCUUGGAUUUGGAGGCUACGCUAAUAAAAUCGCUCAACCAAAUAAAACUACAAAUAUGAAUCAUAAUUUUUUAAAAGUUUUGUUGGAUAAUAAUUAUCGAAAGAAAAGAGAUCUUGAAAAUGAAGGCACAAAACAACGACAAAAGCGAUGUUCUGGUUCAUCGCAGACAGAAACGACAACAGCACGUCAUGGUAAUUGGGAUUUUGAACACCCUCCCAAAGAAGGUGAUCCUGACGACCCUAUUUACAAGGAUAUUAAACUUUUACCACAAAAAAGAGAUAUUAAAGACGAUACCGGUCGUGGUCAGGCACUUUUUAAGGAAGUAUUAAGUUCUUUAUUAAAUAUUCCUAUUAUUCGGCGUGUAACAGAUUUGAAAAACGGACGCGAUCGAACAAGUAAUGGGAAAAGUACAAUACAGCGAAAAAAAAGAGAAGUAGAGGAUAAGUAUUCGUGGGAAAAACUUUCUACAACAACAACAGAACGUGUUAGAGAUUUGUGGACCGAAAACCCUAUGAUACCGAUGGAUCUUAUGGAGCCAUUUUUCUGGACAACUAAAAAAAUUGAAACAACACCUAGUUCUGAUUAUGAUGAAUAUUCUAGAAAAAAAAGAUCUACGGAUGAAGACUUAGAUGAAGAAUUUAAGAGUAGGAAUUACGAGGAAGAAGCUGCUCUCAAAAAGAUUAAGGUUAUAGAAGAAGUAAGCAAAUUAAUUCGAAUGGGGAAUGUCAUACGCGCUCUCCCAUAUAUUUCACAUCGUAGACAUGAUCAAUCAAAUAGAGACAUUAAAGAAAACGAAUAUGAAUUAUUCCCCGACACCAGUAUGGCAUCAGUACCAUCUCCAGCAAAGUAUCUUGAGCUCGCUAAAAUCAUUGGAAUUCCAUAUAAAGAGGCAGUUUUAAAAUGGCGGAGUUUGGAACGUAAGUAUCGUCAGCAAGAAGCUGAAGCGGAUUAUGCUGUCUAUCCCGGCCAAAAUCAUCCAGAUAUUGUUAUGAGAGAUUUUGACCAAACAUUCGAUGGUAUAGAAUAUGACUUUAAUCCUUUGUAUCCCGAGGGUACUGAUGAAGAUCCGACAGCCUACCGGGCUCUUACACUGCCAGGUGGUUAUCGGCUUGAACCCCGUCUAUCGCGCCGUACUAAGUUUGAAGGAAAACAGUUAGAUGCUGCCUUGGAGUCAACCACGACAGAUAGUAACUUUAAAUAUAUCCAGCCUAACUCUAUAAAUGAUCAGAAAUAUACUUUAAAAACAAAUAAACGCAUGAGACGCAGUUCUACACAAAAUAAUCAACAACAGCAUACAACAACAAAAUUUACAUGGCGCUGUAUCAUGCCUGUUAAUAAUGAUGAAAAACAACAUGAUAAUCUUGAAGCUGGAGCCAAAUUUCUUACCUAUGGUGGCCGUAUUGAAAAAACUGUGGAGAAUAGCAAUGACCAACACAAUGAACAAAAGUCAGAUUUAAAUAUCGAUGACUCAAAAAUGUCUUACGGGUGCUUGUGGUUAGUACCUAGAGGACCAAAUAUUAUAGAAUUUUCGAUCAUAGGAACAGGGUUACCUGACAUACAUCAGGACAUAGAGAGCUUUGCACGUCAACUUUGCACUGAAAAAAAGGCAGUUACCAAAAAUAGUAAUAUGAAGAAUAAAAAAAAGUUUCAUAUACGCCGCCGCCCUUCGUGGGUCACCGAAACACGAGCCAACGAAGCUAAACGUGUGCCUGUUGGUUGUCCCGUAUCUCCUGGUAUAGUGUUCUAUGGUGAGAUCCCAGCUCCGCCACCAUCUUCUACGAAUAUAAACAACUCACAGCCCGCACUACCACGACUAUGUGUUAAAUUAAUUUCGUCUGCCGAUGACUGUACGAAUGGAAAAGCAGGACCAAUCGACCAGAUGAAGUAUACUAAGUCAGAAUGCGUUGAGCAAGACUCCUCAACUGGAACUUCCCCACAAACAGUGGCUGGACAACAAACAAUCUUUGAAGAGUCCAGAGGGCAUACUGCCGGUGAAAGUUGGCGGAGGAAUAAACGCCACUCAGCUCCUACAGAUACCUCAACUGUCGCUUCAUCUGUAAUCAGUACAUCUACAUCAACCGAUACACUAAUGUUGUCGGGUCAAGGCACUUCGUCAGGGGAGAUAGACAACAUAACCAGCCACCAAACGACUGAGUUGACAGCUACCUCCUCGGCUGCUACGACUUCAUACUCUACUACUCCUGGUAGAAGUUACGGCAGCAAACGUUUUGUCGAAAUCACUAUUACAGAUCCUACAACUUUAAAUAUCACUACUACCACUGCUACCACCUUCUCGACGGCAACGUCGUCGACUUUACCAUUAUCUUCGUCGCAACAGACGACUUCGCCCGAACGACAACUAUCAUCAUUCUCACCGUCGACCAUUUCUACUACUUUUACUACUACUCCUCCUCCUCCUUUUACUUCGACGGCCACUGUUACUACAACCACGUCUUACUAUCCGGUUGCUGAUCAUCAUUAUCGUCAACAGCAACAGUGGCAGCAACAACACCAACAAACGAAUUAUAACAAUAAUGAUUAUUAUUACCGAGGACGACAACAACAACAACAACAUUAUUCCCCACCACCACCUGGAAGCACCGGCACGGAUUAUAAUAACUAUUAUCUCCAGCGGCAGCAUCAACAGCCUCAGACGCCUUCGUAUUGGUCACCUCAACAACAAGUCAAUGGUGCUAACGUUUAUAGUAACGGUUAUCAACAGCGGACAACCGAAGGAGGUGGACGCAGGACAGAUGAUUAUUACUAUCGACAGCAACAACAAAAUUAUUACAACCAUCAAUACAACAACGAUCGCCAGCAUCAAACGCCACAGCCUCCUAAUUCGUCACUUACGGUACAACAUUUGAGUGGUGGUGGUUGGAACGUGCACGGUGACCGACCGUUGUACAUAAGCAGUGGUAUUAGAGGUGAUAACAACCGAGAAGCAUUGGUUGCUCGGAACACCUCUGCCGGUAUUAGUGAUAUUAAUAAUGGUGGUUGGGCGACACCGGAACAACAGCACUGGUGGUAUCAGCAACAGCAACAGCAACAACGACAGCAAGAACAACAAAGACAGUACCAUCAACGGCAGCAACAAAACAACCGGGGCCUGGGCGGAAUCUUGUCACUGCCACCAGUGCCACUGCCACCGCUGCACGUGGAACAGGGCGCUGUCACAGUUUCGGCGAUGCCUACAUCGCCGCCGCUCCAUUUGCGUCGACCACAGAAACCUCCGAAUCACUACUAUUUGCCAACGCUGACUACUAAAACCACUACCGAUCAUCCGUACCGCUUACGGUCAAAGUCCGAAAGCCGAUAUUAUGAAGAACGUGAAUAUAAAUGUCUCGGCCAAUGGACAGAACCACAGCAACAUAUUAGCCCGGAGAUCGGAGCAAAACCAAUUAUGUUGACGUACAUGUACGUAAAGCGUUUGAAUCCGGACGUCAACGGAACGGAUCAGUAUGAAUGUUUUGUUGGAACAUUAAUACCGAACGACCCGGGUGUAAAUUCUGAAACCACUACCACACUAUUGUUAACGGAAGCUGGUAGUGGAACCUUGUGUAGCCGCCGUGCGGACCCAUACCGAACUGGUAUGAAGUUGGUUGGAACCAAAAUUAACAAAGAAGGUGCUUGCAAUGGAUUAGAACAACCAGCACAAGACACCGCUGGCGGUUCGUGGUAUCCUCUUAAGCCACAGCCAAUUUCUCCAUCUAUUCCCGGUGCCGAAAACAGUGGAGGCACAUGGUACGCUGCGCCCCCUGUUCCCGUGGCCGCACAAAGUCCAACCACUAUGAUGCCUAUCCUCACAGGCAGGCAUACCGGUGGUUAUGGUGCCUCAUUCAAAUCACGCCAGAAUGAACGUCAUCCACACUCGGCUAUUCCACCUAAAACCAACAACAGCACCCGAAUCAUAGCUGAUAAGAGAAUCAUCAUACUUUUAGCCAUCAUUCUAUUUUCUGGACACUUAAAUAAUAUAGCUCGUCGCUAUUUCAAUUAAAUUAUCUUAUCAAACAUAGACAAAAUGUAUUUAAAAUAGUUAAUAUAAUAACAAUAAUAAAAUCUCAAACAUAAUACACGAUCCAUACCUGGCUCAAGAGGAUAGACAAAAUUCUUUGAAUCUUACAUUAUAUAAUUCUUAUACACUCAUUUAUUUCAAACGCGAUAUUAAAAAAAAAAAAAAAAAAAUACAAAAAAAAAAUCGCUUAAUUUUUUGUAAGUAAGAUACUUUAAAUAAACAUUAGUACUGUACGUUAGAUUAAGGUUAUAAUUAUUAUUAGGUUAUAUUUAUGUUUUAAUGGUAAAUAAAUGAAAAAACGAAAAAUGUUAUGUUAAGGGGAUUGGAAGCGGCGAUUUUCUGUAUUAGACGUUCCUAUAUUUUUGAAUUUUUGAUUUAAACUUCUUCAAAAGGCAAAAAUUGAAAUAUGUCUUUUUUUUAUUUUUUAUUUUUUAAUAUUUCGUCUUGUAAAUUUUGGGUGGAUAAUAUCAAAAAUCUUAUCGUUUCAUUAUAUAUCGGUACGUUAGGAAUAGAUACGUCUAUACGUAUGUUAUACGUAUAUUACAUUUAUGUUAGACAAAGACAGAAAAUCACCGUUUCCAAUCCCUUUAAUGUUAAAUCAUUUAAUAUGAAUAGUGAAUAUAUAUCAUUGUUCGCAUAAGUUUAUUAAAUUAGAUUAAGGUUAAAUCAAUUAACCUCGAAGAGUGAAUACAUAUCAUUUUUUCCAUAAUAGUUUAUGUAAAUAGCCAAUUCUAUUGGAGUAUUAUUUAUAAACUAUUAUCAAUUUUGUAGGUAUAAGAAAACUUUUUUUAAUUUAAACGAUAAUUUGUAUAAUAUAAAUACAAAAUUAUGCAUAGGUUAACCCAUCUUAAAAAAAAAAAAAAUUCUUAGAUUUUUGUAGUAUAGGUGUUUUCAGUACCUACCUAUAAGUUCUUAAGUU